GCACAAGCAGGCAGGCAGAUAAAAGCCGGCCCGGCCUGCCUACCUUGCCUUAUCCCUCUCCGCCUCCGACCGAGAGCCCUCCCUCCCUCCAUCUUCCUCCCCACCCGGCGAUUGAGAAAGGUGUCCCCGGCUAGUAGGUAGAAUGCUGCUGAGCUCCCCCUUGGUGUCCCCGGCGCUGCGGGUCCCUCCGCGGCCGGGGAAUGGCUGUCGCCUCCGGAUCGAGGCGGCGAGGCAGCUGACGGGGCGGGUGGUGACGACCAAGGCGGACAAGACGGUGGGCGUGGAGGUGGUGCGCCUGGCGCCGCAUCCCAAGUACAAGCGCCGAGAGCGUAUCAAGAAGAAGUACCAGGCGCACGACCCCGACAACCAGUUCAAGGUCGGCGACGUCGUCGAGCUCCGAAGCUCCCGCCCCAUCUCCAAGACCAAGCACUUCAUCGCCGUUCCGCUCCCGCCCCGCGACACCCGCCGCAAGUCGCAGCUCCUCCCGCCGCUCCAGUCGCAGCAGGCCGCCGAAGACGACGACCAGCAGCCGCUGCCCUCCACGGCACAGUGACCGACCCGCCGACCCGACCGCCAUUAUUCCUAUUCCCUUGCCUCUGCGGAACCAACCACUCUUCAAGUUGUGUAAUUUGGCCAAAAUUUCCCCUACCUACUUUACUUAUUAUUAUUGCGUCUGCGUAUGGUUUGCCGUUUCCUUUAAUCUCGUUCUCGCAACCACCACCAUCAUCGUCAUCAUAUAGAGCUUGUGUUUGAUUGGUUUUUA